AUGCAUGCUGAUUGGGAAGACUUAAAAUAUUUAAAUGGUUUCGGUAACCAUUUUGAGUCCGAAGAUCCACGUUGUCCAGAUUCAUUACCAAAAAAUCAAAAUACGCCUCAAAGUUGUCCAUAUGGCCUUUAUGCUGAACAAUUAUCUGGUACAGCAUUUACAGCACCAAGAGAAGCUAAUCAACGAACUUGGUUUUAUCGAAUUUUACCAGCUGUACUGCAUGAACCAUUUAGUCCGAUUAAAUCUGGUUUAUUAACAAAUCGAUGGGAUCUAGCAGAACCUAAUCCAAAUCAAAUGCGUUGGAAACCAUUUCAUAUUCCAUCAGUUGAAGAUGAAAAGAAAGAUUUUCUUGAUAGUUUAGCAACAGUAUGUGGUGCUGGUGAUCCAUGUUCUCGUCAUGGUGCUUCAAUUUCCAUUUAUGCUUGUAAUUGUUCAAUGGAUAAUCGAGCUUUUUGUAAUGCUGAUGGAGAUAUGCUUAUUGUUCCACAGCAUGGAUCAUUACGUAUAACAACAGAACUUGGUCGAAUGUUGGUUAAACCACAAGAAAUUUGUGUCAUUCAACAAGGAAUUCGAUUUUCAGUGGCUAUUGAUGAACCAUCACGUGGUUAUGUGCUUGAAGUAUUUGAUAAUCAUUUUUGCUUACCAAGUUUGGGACCAAUUGGAGCAAAUGGUUUAGCAAAUCCACGCGAUUUUGAAAUACCAACUGCUUGGUAUGAAGAUCGAGAAUGUGAUUUUACUGUUGUCCAUAAAUAUCAAGGAAGUUUAUUUCAAUCAAAACAAAAACAUUCAUGUUUUGAUGUUGUUGCUUGGCAUGGUAAUUAUACACCAUAUAAAUAUGAUUUGCGAAAAUUUGUUGUGAUUAAUUCUGUAUCAGUUGACCAUCUGGAUCCAUCAAUAUUUACUGUUUUAACAUGUCCUUCAUUAAAACCUGGCACAGCUAUUGCUGAUUUUGUUAUAUUUCCACCUCGAUGGUCUGUUCAGGAACAUACAUUUCGACCACCGUAUUAUCAUCGUAAUUGUAUGAGUGAAUUUAUGGGUCUUAUAACCGGAAAAUAUGAAGCAAAAGACGGUUUUCAAGCUGGUGGUGCAACACUUCAUAGUUGUAUGACACCACAUGGUCCAGAUUCUGAUUGCUGUGAAAAAGCUUUGCAAGAUGAACUUAAGCCAAUGCGUAUAGCUGAAGAUUCAUUAGCAUUCAUGUUCGAAUCAUCUUUAAGUUUUGCAUUAACAAAAUGGAGUAUGACUACAUCUGCAGGUGUUGAUCCUGAUUAUUUUAAAUGUUGGUCUUCAUUAAAAAAACAUUUUACUGGAUUAAAAUGA